AUGGUGAUUGCUGGAGUGACCGAUUACUCGCCAAUGCGCGCUGGCGCUGCGUCGGUUGUGUUUGAAAAGCCGUCGUCUGCCUCCGGAGCGGGGACCACGGCGACGGGGUCCCCGCCGCCGUCUGCUCCGAAGCCCGUGACAAUAGACGCUGAAAAGGCUCUUCCCCUCGUAUCCGUGGGUCCCCAUGACGUGAGCGAGGCUGGCCUGUCGGCCCCGGUUGUUGCUCCUCCUGCUCCGCCUGUCGCUCCUGUUCCCCCUGCUCCCGUUGUUGCGCCGGCCGCGUCUGCUCCUGCUGGGGGAGUUGCUGUUCCCCCUGUCCCUGUCCCUGGCACCCCCGUUGCACCUGCCGUUUCUGUUCCUGGCGAGCUUGCGUCGGCGUCUGUUUCUUCCCCGAAGGCGGCGUCCGCCACCACUGACGGCCCGGCUCCGAUGGUUGCGCCUCCAGGCGUGGGCCAGCCUGCUCCCGCUCUGCUGUCGGCGGCCCCUCGGGAGGUGUCGCGUGCCGUGCGCGAGGAGAGGGCGGCGCAGAGCCAGAGCAGUUCACUACGGGCCGCGCCAGCGCACGUGGCUCCUCGUCAGACUGGGCCUCCCAUGGACCCUCCGCCAGCUGCUGCCUUUCCUCCUCCUGUCCUCGCCCCAUCGGCUCCUUCUCCUUCUUUUUCGGCGCCUGCUCCCGGCUCUCGUCUGCAUCUGCCACCGGUUCCGCCUGUUGCGGGAGUGGAGUUUGUUGCUGCGGGGGGUGGCGCUACGGCUCAGCCGUCCCACGUCGUUGCUGCUGAUGAGCCGAAACUGUUUCUGACGGAAGCGCUGCAGCCUCCGCAGACGCGUGUUCCAGAGGCGACCCUCGGCCAGAGCCUCCACGCGCUGCUUCUGAUUCAGGUGCUCGCGCACUCAUCCCUCCCCGUGAUUCCUCCUGACACUUUCCGCGGCCACCAGCGUGACACGUAUUUGGACGCGGCAGACCAGCUCACAGCGUUGCUGGCGCCCGUCUUGGCUGCGCCCGCGGAGGGUGGCGCUGCUGCUGCGAGACAGCUGGACGAGGCUCCUUCCCUCGCCCCGCCUCCCUCUUCCUCUGCCACAUCGUUCUCGCUAUCAGAUUAUUUAAAGCUACUCGUGCUGCCGCUUGGUAUCCGUUCUCUGAACCCCCGCCGGUCCCGCUUACUGUUCGCCUUUCUGCCCCGCGACUUUCUUGCGCCUGCAAUGGUGAUUGCCGGAGCUUCUGAGCCAACGCCAGAGCUCGUUGCCGCCUGGUCGGCUGCGGCCGCCGAGCCUCCUGCGGAGCCCGAAAGGGUGACCAUGGCGACAAAGCCCCCUCUACCGCCGGCUCCGAAACCCUCGACAACGGCCUCUGAAAGGACUCCGCCCCAUGCAUCCGCGGAUCCCCUUGCCGCGCAAGGGGCUGGCUCGUCUGCCCCUGCCGCUGUUCUGUCUGCUCCGCCUGCGGCGCCUGGCCCCCAGGCUCCCCUUGUCAAGUUGUCAGCGUCUGCCUCUGCUGGGGGUGAUGCUGAUCCCCCCGCACCUGUCCAUGGCGCCCCUGCUGCACCGCCUGUUUCUGUCCCCGUCGUGCCUGCUCCGGCCUUUGCUUCGUCACCGAAGGCGGCCUCCGCCACCACUAACGGACUAGCUCCGUUGAUUGCGCCCUCGGCAGUGUGUCAGUCCGCACCGGUUGUGACGCCGCACUGGGAUGGUGGAAUGCGGGCAUGGCAUGCAAGGGCACACUGGGAUGGUGCCUGCCCCUCCUCACAGCAUGUGAGCCGCACUUCAUGCUGCCAAGGUGUUGGGAAGCUGCCUGGAAGCUACUACUGGCGGGGGCGGGAUGCCAGCACUGUGCGCGAGCUCAACCCCAAGGCCAGUCCCACCCCGCCCUCCUUCCUGCCCUCCUUGCUGCUCUCCUUGCUGGUUAUUUUUGUUGUCAUCUCUUGUUCCCUUUCCUUAAUGCUGCACCACUCGUCUGGCUCCCUUACUGUCCCCCCGCCCUGCCGUACGUCCCUGCCGGCAUGUCGCCCCACUCCAACCCAUCCAUUCACCCCAGCCACUUCCAUCGCCUUGCCCUUUGUCCCCCUCCCUCCCCGCCCUUGUCCCCCCGGUCCUCCCCCUCCCCCCCUCUGGCACCAGACGUUGCAGUCGGGGCUGGACGACUACCCACGUGCGUCGCACCCGUCGGAGGACGAGCGCCAUGUGGACCUGCGCUGCUGGCUCGCCACCGCUGCUGCUGCCAUCGCCAAGAUAGGCAGCGUGGUUGGGGAGGACGUGCAGGUGAGACGAGAGGCCGUGCAGGUGAGAGGGGGCGUGUGCGAGAGAGAUUGUGGGCUGCCAUCUCGCCGAGCUUGUCUCCUCACAGCAGCAAUGUGGCUGCCUGUUGGCCGCAUGCAGCAACGUGGCCUGUUCUCUUUAUUCAGCCUCUGCGCUGCAGUAACCUCACUCCCACUCCUUGCAUUUGCUGCAACUGUGCAUGAAUAUGAGGCCACAGCCCAGCAGCUCACGGACUUCACACGCCUCAAUGAGAAGCUGGCUGCCCAACACCCUCCCCACUCUGCACCCCACUAUCUCUCCCCCACCCACACUCUUCUCGUUCCCUUCCGCCCCUCGCCCAUCCACCCUCCUUCUCUUCGUCUCCCUCACUUCUCCGUCCCAUGUUCGUGUCCCCCCCCUCCUGAUGGGCAAUCGCCCUGCCCACGGCACCAGCUGCACUGGGACGGCAGGAGGCAGCGCUACGCCGACUACGGCAACCACACCGACAAGGUCAGCGGGGGGACGCAUGGGCGCAGAGGGGCGGUGCAUGGGCGCAGAGGGGCGGUGCAUGGGCGCAGAGGGGUGGUGCAUGGGCGCAGAGGGGCGGUGCAUGGGCGCAGAGGGGUGGUGCAUGGGCGCAGAGGGGCGGUGCAUGGGCGCAGAGGGGCGGUGCAUGGGCGCAGAGGGGCGGUGCAUGGGCGCAGAGGGGCGGUGCAUGGGCGCAGAGGGGUGGUGUAUGGGCGCAGAGGGGUGGUGUAUGGGCGCAGAGGGGUGAUGCAUGGGCGCAGAGGGGUGGUGUAUGGGCGCAGAGGGGUGGUGUAUGGGCGCAGAGGGGUGAUGCAUGGGAAGGCUGCGUUGAAUGGUGAGAGGAGCGGAGGGGAGGUGAAAGGAGGUCAAGAGGUGCGGUUGGAGGCGGUGGAGGCGGUGGACCCCGUCACGUACAGCGUGCGACGGGAGCAGCGCCGCGUGGUCAAGGGCUCUCCCACACUGCGAUUCGUGCCACACUUUGGAUACGUCUCACUCUUCCCACUGCUGCUGCGCUUGAUUCCGCCUCACGCGAGUGAGUUGGGGCAGCAGCUGGAGGCGCUGCGCGAGGAGAAGCUGCUCUGGACGCCCUUCGGCCUGCGAUCCCUCGCCACCACCAGGUGCCACACUCCCUCGCCACCACCAGGUGACACACUCCCUCGCCGCCACCAGGUGACACACUCCCUCGCCACCACCAGGUGA